AUUUUUCUCUCAUUGUGGUCGGAUGUAAAAGCCCUCAAGUAUGGCUCAAGACUUCCAAUCUAAGAAUUCUGUUGCAGCCACUUAAGAUUCCACUCCUCCGACCGAAACUUAUGAGUUUGUCUAUGGCGCGUCGUUCGUCAUUCCCGUAAGGAGGUUCUGGGUUUGGUUCGAUGCAGUCCAGGGCCGAUGAUUGCCCCGUUCGAGUGCUACUUUGUUGACCGAGAGAGGACACGAAGCGGACAUGUGUGAUCUACCGAUCGGUUCAGAAUUGGAUGGACGUGAGGAGCGAUCAAAAAGGCCCCACGAGAACUGCUGCGCUUCCACCCUGUGCGCCAAUGGUCGGAAGUGCGACGAAGACGAGUUCUGCCGAGGCUUGUCGACUGUCGAGUUACAAGUAGCGCCGAAGCACGCGAAUGAUUUGCAGUCGGAGACGGAAGUCGCGAGCUCGACGCAAGUGUAUUGCGGUCGGGAUUUUACACAACCUCUUCCAAAGCAGCAGCAGCAGCUGUGAGCUGUGAGCUGCGAUGGCUGCGAUGGCUGCCCUGAGCGCAACGCCGUCGACCGUGCUAGCUUCCAUCGCGAACACCCGGAGCGGGUUUGGUGUGAGCGAAGCGGAAGGCAGGCGAUCCAAUUUGGCCAGAACCAAUUGUAAGUGGACUACUGAUUCCCGGACGAACUCGAGAGUCGAUUUCGCAAGCUCGUACGCACCGAUCGAUUCACUGCGUUGUCGUCGUCGCCGCCCUAGUCUGAUAAGAGCGAGCACUGCGGAGCAGCAGCAGCAGCAGGCGUCAGCAGCAGGAAGCGCAGGCCUUGCGGCGGAGAGGACGCGGCUGAAGCAACAGCUUUUCGAUCAGAUGGAAGCUGCCUCGGGAAAUCUGAACGAGGAGUGCCUAGCUACCAUCGGCGAGCUCGAGAAAAUCAACCCCAAUCCGGAACCGCUGCUCUACCCGGAAUUGUAUGUCGGAUGCUGGACCCAGCUCAAAGCAGGGCACAAGGGAACAGGCAGGAAAGGAGAAGGAAAAGCGGAAGUGGGCUUCGAGGGAGUGUCCAUGACCCUCGGCCGAGCGACAUUCGGUGUGUUCAAGCCCGCAGAUCUGGAAAUCAUCUUGGGUGAGGUUUACAACCCCGUGGAAGAAGCUAGUCCUGACAAAGAGUCUAUCUACAGCCUCAUUCUGUUAUUCACUACCAAAAAUCCGCGAGGAGACGAUCUGCCUCCCAUCGAAAGCAUAAUUGUCAAUCCAGCUCGGCAAACCGUCGACAGUGCCACGAGAUUGGGACUUGCAUUCUACGAGACCUCGAUUCGACCCUGCAACCCGCAGAGGGAUCUCGAAGCAUGGAAGGAGAUUUUCCAAGAAGCCGGUGGGAUGGACGAGCAGACCGGAGAAAUUAAAUUUUCCUACGAUGACAAGGUUCGCCACGGCUAUUUCGACAUCACUUACAUUGACGAGGAGCUCCGGAUCACGAAGGGAAACAUGGGGAACUACGUCGUCGCCGGAAGAGUUAAUGAACCUCCAAAUUUCUUAACAUCUGCUUCGAGUUGAAUAAACGGGCCGUCUGACUUGUACAGCUUCCAUAUAAAAUUUUACGUCUGAUUUAUCUGCGUCAUGCCGUGCUGGAUGUGUCGUCUGAAGCUCAUGUGGGUGCACUUAAAAAUGUCAUCUCAUUGUCCGCUAUUAUGAUUUCUCAUCUCAAUGCAAAUGUGACCCAUGAUUUUUUCAGUCUGAAGCGUCAAGUGUGUCGAGAUGGAACAUCAGAGAGCACCUGUGGGCGAAGGUUUCAAUCCCAAGCCUCUUCACAAUCCAGGCAGUGUCUGAAUGUUCUUCUCGUCACCAUAUCCAGUUCACUCCAGUGGACCAAUAAUUGAGCGAAUCCAGCACUCGGCCUUUC